GCCAUGAUAAAGAGUGGGCAGACAGAGAAGGUCUGUGUUAACCUAGUUGGACAAGAGGAAGCCCUUUUCCUUAAUGUUGUGCUACAACACAAUGGGGUGAACACCACCAUAUUUGAUGAGAACGUACCAGUAAAUCAGUACUACAAGUGUAAUGAUUUCACGGUACCAUCUGUGGAACAGUCUGUACCUGUAUUUGUGCUCUUGUCUGCAAAAGGAAACAACAGCAAUAUCCUGGAGCGUAAAUCAGUGGUGAUAGAUUCUUUGGAGAAUAUCUACAAGAUACAGAUGGACAAACCCAUUUAUAGACCUGGACAUAAAGUGCGAUUUCGUUUAAUAUCACUGAAUUCACAGCUUCAACCAAUAAAAACAAUGUACCCUGUGACCUAUCUGAAGGACCCCUCAGGAAGCCGUGUUGCACAAUGGCUAAACCAGGAGUCAGAUCGUGGGAUUUUGUCUUUUGAAUUCCAGCUGAUUCGUGAUGCUCUUCCGGGUUCCUACUCUAUCACAGCGGAGAAACAGUCUGGGAAUCCGUUAUACCAGUAUUUUACAGUGGAGGAAUACGUGCUGCCCAGAUACAGCAUUAAUGUGGCUUCUCCCAGGACCUUAAGUGUAUUGGCAGAAACUCUAAUAUUCAAUGUUACAGCUACAUAUACAUAUGGUCAACCAGUCCCAGGCUUGGUCACAGGCAGUUGGUGUCGGAAGCCAAGUUACUAUUAUGGCAGAAGGAGAAACUGUAACAAAAACAAAGAUGGCAUCUGCGAUGAUAUCAAAGGAAAACUCGGCCCUGACGGGACAUACAAUGGAAUCCUUGAUCUUGCCUCAUUUCAUAUGCAACUAUCAGGUUUUGAGAUGAGCCUCACAUUAGACAUCACCGUGACAGAGGAAGGCACAGGGGUCCAAGUCACAGAAAGUCGCUAUGUGCAAAUCACCAGCCAACUUGCCAAAAUCCGUUUUGAGUCCAUGAACCCAAACUACAAGAGAGGGAUCCCUUAUGUUGUUAUGAUAAAGCUGAUGGAUGAAAGUGACCGACCCAUGCCUAAUAAAGAGAUUGAGCUGGAGAUUGAAGGGGAGACAAAUCAGAAAGUAACCACAGAUGAAGCUGGAAAAGCAGAAUAUGCCAUUGAUACGUCCAGCUUUGUAAGGACAAAUUUUACACUGAAGGCCAGUUACCAGGAUCCUGACCAAUGUUAUUACACAUCGUGGAGGGAAUACCCUGACUACCCUACAGCUGAAUAUACAAUCCAGAGAUUUUAUUCCCAGAGUGGAAGCUUUGUGCAGGUGCUGCCCCCUAAGGGGGAGAUGAGGUGUGGACAAAAUUACAACAUUGAUGUGCAGUACAUAUUGACCAUGGCAGGAGUCGGCAAAGGUGCCGAAAAAGCCACCUUCUACUUCUUGGUGAUGUCACGGGCAGAGAUUGUACACUAUGGGCAGCAGGAAGUUGACUUUAAAGAGUCAGUGAGCAGCUCAUUUUCAUUUGAUCUCCCCAUUACCGCUAGCUUUGCCCCCAGUGCUGAUUUUGUUGUAUACAGCAUCCUGCAGAAAGAGAUCAUUGUGGACACUGUACGCCUAAGCAUAGAGAAAUGCUUCAAAAAUGAGGUAUCUCUGAGCUUCUCUGAAGAACAAGGAGCUCCGGCCUCCAGCGUUGACCUGCUGUUCACAGGAGCUGCUGACUCCCUCUGUGCCUUUAGAGUUAUUGACUAUAGCCUCAUGCUGCUCAAUCCGUAUGAGUCCUUCUCAGCUGAAAGUGUGUACAAUUCCAUGAGAUAUCGCUCUCUCUAUGGAUACUAUGUAAACAGAUUUAAUGUGGAGGACACAGAGCCCCCCUGUGAUGAUCCUGAUAAACAAAUAUUUUACAAUGGAAAUUAUUAUGUGCCAGUGAGCAGUGAACGUGAAGGAGACUCCUACCAAAAAGUCAAGAAACUCGGGCUGGUGUUUGGGACACAGGCCAGGCUAAGAAAACCCAUGGUUUGUAAAAAAGAAACACAGCAACAUGUUUAUCCAUUGAUCAUGGAGUCCAGUUCUCUAAGGGGUUUCUCUCCAGCAGCUAAACCUAUGAUGAAGAACGCAGGAUUGUUAGCAGAUGUGAGCGACAUGGAGGCUCCAAUGUCAGCAGCAACAGAACAAACAGGCUCCAUAGAAACAGUUCGGAAAAACUUUGCAGACAACUGGGUGUGGGAAAUUGCUUCAGUUGGGUCAGACGGCCGGGGUACAAUCCCGUUGGUGGUCCCAGAUACCAUAACGCAAUGGAAAGGUUCCAUGUUUUGUGUGUCAGAGAAGGAAGGGUUUGGGAUGACGAGAAGCCCAGCCAACUUCACCUCUUUCCAGCCAUUCUUUGCAGAGAUGUCACUUCCUUACUCUAUUGUCAGAGGCGAGACGCUGGUUCUGAAGGCAUUUGUACCAAACUAUUUAGAGUAUUGCAUCAAGAUUGAGGUGACACUAAAAAGGAGUCCUGGUUUUGCAGCUAAACUUCAGGAGGGGAAGCAGGACGUCUGCAUUUGUUCUGGAGAAAGAGCUUCCUACACAUGGAACGUUGUUUUUAAAAAAUUAGGAGAGAUCAGUUUAACUCUGAGUGCUGAGACUACUCACAUAGGAGAAACAUGUGACGGCCCCAGUGACCCUUCCCAACCAUCCCGCAAGGACACCAUGAUACAGACCCUCCUUGUAGAGGCUGAGGGUAUACGGAAAGAAGAAACUAAAAGCAAUCUCAUCUGCAUAAAAGACAAAAACUAUGAGACACCAAUCAGCUUAACUACAUCCAACAAUGUGGUCCCAGAUUCAGAAGAGGCAUUUGUCACCUGUCUAGGUGACCCCCUGGGUCUUCCACUGCAGAAUCUCCAGAAUCUCAUCCAGCUGCCGUAUGGUUGUGGUGAGCAUAAUCUUGCCCGUAUGGCUCCCAUAAUACACGUGCUGGAAUAUCUCAAUGCCACAGGACAGCUGACCCCUGAAAUACUAGAGAAAGGAAAGCGAUUCCUGACAGAGGGAUAUUUCCGUCAGCUCAGAUACCGCAUGUAUGGUGGGCCCUACGGUACAUUUGGGAGAACAGAGACCAGUGGGAAUUCUUGGCUAACAGCCUACACAUUCAAGACAUUUGAAAAAGCCAAGAAAUUCAUUUAUAUUGAUAGUGACAUCCAAAAGCAAACUCUAAUCUGGCUGCAAAGAUCCCAGAAACUCGAGAGCGGCUGCUUCAAAUCAUCAGGGAACUUGUUUAUGAUGCAGGGGGAUGUUGAUGAUUCUGUCAGCUUCACGGCUUACCUCAGCAUUGCUCUGCUGGAGUCAAAUUACAGUCUGUCGAUGGGUCUCCUGGAGGGUACAAUGACCUGUUUGGUAGCUGCCUCUAAGGUAAAGCAGAGCAUGUAUAACCAAGCCCUGAUGGUCUACGCAUUCACGCUGGCCAGGAACUGGGAGAGGAGAGAUUAUCUUCUUAAGCAACUGAAGCAAGUGGCCAUUAUUAAAGGUGGUACAAUGCAUUGGGAACGAGAAAGAAAGAAUGAAAAAAUAAACAUCCCAUUCCUGCCUCAUCCUAAUUCUCCUGCUGAUGUGGAAAUUACAUCCUACAUCUUGCUUAGCAUUGCCAAGGGCCCCAAUAUCACAAAAGAUGACUCAAACACCAUGGCCCAAAUAGCAGUAUGGGUUAUCCAGCAGCAGAAUUCAAAUGGGGGAUUCCGCUCCACACAGGAUACAGUUGUGGCCUUGCAAGCACUUUCUGCCUCAGCCCAGGUUAUAUACACACCAAAUGCUCACCACAAUGUGAUUGUGACAAGAAGGAAUAGGGCAGUGAAAAAAGGAAAUACGAAGGUUGCACAGUGUAGUAUGAAUCAAGAAAACAGGUUGUUGGUUCAGAGACAAUCACUAACAAAAGUGCCAGGAGAUUAUACAUUUUUUGUCAGUGGAACAGGAUGCUGCCUUAUCCAGACCACAGUGAAAUACAAUGUCCCGGUGUCACAGGAAAAGUCGGCCUUCUCACUGUCAGUUACCUCAUCCUCUGAGAGUUGUGUAAACGGUGUGGCGUAUACCUUUACUAUUGGUAUCAAUAUCAGCUAUAGAGGCAGCCGUCAGAAGCCCAACAUGGUUAUAAUUGAUAUAAAAAUGCUAUCGGGGUACACAGCAGAUUACUGGUCCCUCAGAGAGAUGACGAAGUCUAAAUUAGUUUCCAAAAGUGAAGAACAAAAUGGUCAUGUGUUUCUGUAUCUGAACUCUCUAUCCAGAGAAUCAGUCAACCUCUCCCUGAAGGUGCAGAUGGGGACUCGAGUGCUGAACGUGAAGGAAGCAUCUGUUUCUGCUUACGAUUAUUAUGAACUAGAUGAAAACGCUUUAGCCCGGUACAGACACCCCUGCGCUGCGCAGAACUGAAGUAAGGACGGGUCAUGGCACCUUGCGUCAUCUGGUAAUAUCCCAUCCUCUGCUUAUCGGACAACUGAAUAAACAAUUAACUACUGGACAUCUGUCUGCGAGGCUAUAAAGAUGGAGAUCCCAACAAGGAAUAUCAAGGGAGCUAAAAAA